GGUCAGAUCAAAUCUUACAACAUAUAUUUGAAGCAUUAAAUAUAAAUAAAAAAUAAUUAAUUAGACAGUUUAUAAUUUACGAGACAACCUCUGCUAUCACCGCCAAGAACAGUAGAGAUGGUGUACCAAGAGUUCGUAGACGUCUGUCGCUGUGACGUGGGCCACCACGGAAGGUUCACCAGUGCAGAGUGUUUACCCGGCAGAGACAGAGACCGCCGCACGCUCGCCGUAGCCAUCUCCAUGCCACUGCGCUGCGUCUACGAUUUCUCACAGCUCCGCCGCCGCCGCCGGCCAACUCAAUCGCGCCGCCCUUCCUGGAACAUCUUCUAGUCUGACGCGGCUGCGGGCGGGCAUGUCACCUUCAUCGCGCGCCGCCUCAUGGCAGAGCGCGACGACCCUGGCGGCGUGGGACGCCACGUCGCUCGCCUCGGCGCUAAAGACCGCGGCCGCGCGCCGCUCCGCGGCCCACGUGGGGCCACUCCAUGCCGUGCUCCGGAAGCUCGGCCUCUCCGCGUCCGCGAUCCACGCCACCUCCCUGGCGCACCUGGCGCUGCGGAGCGGGCUCGCGCGGUACGCGCGGGAGCUGUUCGACGAGAUGCCCCGCCGGGACGUGGUCUCCUGGACGUCCCUCGUCACGGGCCACGCGCACCAGGGGCUGCACCGCGACGCCCUCGCGCUGCUCCGGCGCAUGGUGGGGUCUGGUGUCGAGCCCAAUGGCUACUCCCUGUCCGGUGGACUGCUGGCCUGUGCGGGUGUCGGCCGGAGCGCGCUUGCUCACGGCAAGGAGAUCCAUGCCAGUGUGGUCAAGAUGAGCUCGCGUGGACCGGUCGACCCGGUUGUGGAGAAUGGGGUUCUUGAUAUGUACUCGAGGUGUGGAAGCAUAGAGUAUGCGCUGAGAGUGUUCGGGGUGAUGCGUGUCAGGAACAUGGUUGCUUGUAACUCGAUGAUGGCAGCUCUUCUUGGGACCGGGCAGGCCGAGGAUGCACUGAGGUUAUUCGUUUCCAUGGCUUCUUGUGGCGUUGGUGUGGACGGUUUCUCAUUCUCCAUUGUUGUGGAUGCGUGUGGGGAGCUGGCGUUAUUGAAGCAGGGGAUGCAGGUGCAUGCGCAGGUCGUUGGUGGUGGGUUCGAAGCAGAUGUCGUUGUCAGGAACUCCUUGGUGGAUAUGUAUGCAAAAUGUGGCUGUGUCGAUUCGGCCGAGCUUGUCUUCAAAGCUGUAUCAUCAAAUGAUGCUCUUCUUUGGACCACGAUGAUCUCGGCUUAUGGCAAGUUUGGCCGUGUACGGGAUGCGGUCAGCAUGUUUGAGAGGAUGGCACACUUGGGAAUAAAACAGGAUGGCAUAGCGUAUCUUGCGGUUUUGUCAGCUUGUAGCCAUGGUGGACUUGUUAGAGAAGGCUGGUAUUACUUCAAUUUGAUGUCUGAUGGUUCGAGCUCAGUUAAGAUGCAACCUGAGCACUACGGAUGCAUGGCGGAUCUCCUUUGCAGGAGGGGUUACCUAGAAGAAGCUCUCGAAUUCAUUCAGAAUAUGCCAUUUGACUCGAGCGUUGCUGCUUGGAGCGCGCUACUCAACUCAUCUAGAAUACAUGGGAAUGCCAAGUUAGGUCAGUUUGCAGCAUCCUUUUUGCUCAAGCUUGACCCUGAGAACCACAGCAACUGGGUUGCUCUAUCAAGUGUGCAUGCGUCAGGGAAUGAUUGGCAUGAGACCUGGACAAUCAGGGAGAGCAUGAGCAGAGUGUGUGUGAAGAAAGAGCCUGGGUGUAGCUGGGUUGAGUUGUGUGAUGGCGUCCAUGUUUUUAUAAUGGCCGACCAGUCUCAUCCUGAAUUAUUUCAAAUAUUGCAGAGUCUUGAUUCUUUUUGGCAAUUUUCAUAGAAAAUCCAUAGUCUAUAUGACAACUUUGUUGUAGGUGGUUUAAAUCUCACUGCACAGUAGGUGAUGAUUCUAAUCAGAACAAUCAGCUAUGUAAAGUUGUUGCUCAAUAUACUGAAUAUGAUGAGUCGAUGACUAAUUGUUUGGACCUGCUGCUGAUUAUUAAAUUCAGGGACUGAUAUUAUUGAAUUCGUUUGUUGAAUAUGCAGUUUGGAAAGCAUAAUCUUUCUUCCACAUGUUGCAUGUGUUUUCCACAGUGCACGAUGUGAAGGCUGGAGUUUUUCUCAUUGUCUAAAAAAGACAUGUAGCAUGCUCAAAGGUAUAAUUUGCUUGCCGCAUUUUGUCAAUUAUCCCAAUUUUCUUCCUUCUUAAUUUGCUCAUUCAAUUGUAACCCACAUUAAUAUUAUUUAUUGGUUAAUUUACUGGAAGUCACAGACACAUUAUCUGGUUGUAGAAUGUUUGUAGAUCCUUAUUCUGUUUCUUCAUCAUCGGGUUAGUUACCAGAACAUGUGCCAGCUAGAAAGAGCAUGGAUGGAGAUUAGGCUUAUGAGGCAUUGAAUGAGAUGUUCUUAGUGAGAGGUUAUGGACUUGGAAUCCUUGUCUCAAUGAGAUUUUCUUAGUUUGACACUAACCACUUUGAAGGAGAUUUUCUUUACACACGUCUGCUGUCAAUUACUUCUUUAGUAGAGUGAGAAAACCAAAGUGAGGACUGAGCUCACACCUAAGUUGGUAGCAUGGGUGCAAGUUUCUAUGGAUGAAUGGGCCUGAGCAGUAACCGGGAUGUCAAGUUCUCCACACGUUCUGAACUCCACUAGGUUGUUAGUAAUAAACCUAUGCUUAGCUUUUGCUUCCAGUUAGUUAGAUUUGCAUGUACUCUUUUCUGUUAUGCAUGCGCGCAUGAGAGCCGGCCUGUGGUCACCAUGCGCGCCCGCGUCGUGCGCGGGAAUAGCUCCGCACGACCCUGGCUUCUCCAGCAUUCGCGGCACCGUGGCGUAGGGAUGGAUGCGUCGUGUGCGGUGUGCGUUGUGUGGCUGGAUAGCCCUUUGUACUUUGCCUAUUUAUGUUAAUCAAACACAUCAGAAAAUGCUGCCUUAAGCAGCCCAAAAA